CAUACAUGUUUACUCCUCACUCCAAAUCUGCCCAAUUCUCGUGCUAUCAGCACUGCUGAGAGGAAACGUCUAGUCCAUGUCUGUAGGUGUGUUUGGCUUUGUCAGAGAAAAGGGCGCGAGCUUUGCACGAGAUGGACUGUGAAAUCCACCGACUGGUCUGAAAUAACUCUGCAUUGUGUUAUCGUUCAUUUGGCUUGCAGAGUGCUGAGUAGACACCUGAGAUGAGUCUUGUUUGAACUUGGCUGGCCACUCAUUGUAAUCCUCGAGCGUUACCACUUCUCUCUGAACCUCCUUUAGCCAUCGGCAUCCAUGUACAGCAGGUACUCCCAGGUGUCCAAGUCCAGCCCGCAGAAGAAGAUGCAACACCGCUCAAAGGGCAAGAGCUGCGGCUACUACAUGCGCAUAGUCUUCUUCUUCUCUUCGCUCAUUCAGUCUCUGAUCAUAGUUAGCCUCGUGCUCUUCCUGGUCUACGGUAAGACGCAGGACUCGGCGUCCACGACACGCAUCCAGGACCUGGAGGAGAGCUUCAGCCGGCUCUCCAUAGAGAAUGUGGCCCUGAGGCUGCAGAGGAAGAACCUGACCAACUUACUCAACACCACCCUGACGGAGAAGGCCCGCAACGACUGGGACCUGGUCAAACUCCGCCACUUCUCAAACAUCUCAUUGGUCCUUAUCCAAGAUAUUGACAAAAAGAUGCAACAGUGCAAUAUUGAGUUGUUCACAUGCAAGAACACCGCCCGAUGCCCAACCACAUUUCAGGUUACGGAUAACUGCAACUGUGGGCUGCUGACUGAACGACUGAAAGCCAGGCUCGACCUUGUGGAGGCCAACUUCACACAAACGACGCAGAGGUUGAGGAUGGAAAUGGACCAGACCGCCAAAGAGAGAGACACCAUUAGCUUGGAAGCCAUCCGUCUGCGGAGGGACAAAUCCACACAUGAAAAGGAAGUGGAGUUCUUUAGGCAAAAAUGCAAAGAUGACUUCGCCCAGUCCUUGAGUGGCAUUUCCAAUGUCUCCAAGGCUUUCCGAGAGAAGAUCAGUUCCCUCUUCUCUACGCACAUUGCCUUCCAGCUCACCUGUCCCAAACAGAGGGACCACCUGGAGCAGAUCCGCACCAAUUGCACCAGCUUGUCCAUGGAAGUGGAGGACAAGUUCCAGCGUUACCUGGAUAGUGUGGGAGGACAGGUGUCAGCCAUCCAGGCAGAAAGCAGCCGUCUAAAGGCAGAGAACUGGCGACUGUCUGACGACUACCGCUGGUGCACCACGAACCGCACAGGCCUGAUGCUGCAGCACGGACAGAACUUAGCCAAGCUUCAGCGGAAACACGACGAGGACAAGGAGAGACUCUUGAUUGAUAAGAUGAGGCUUAAUGGAGACUUGGACGUCCUGAGACACGAUGUCAAAUAUAAAAGUAAAGAGGUUGAUCACCUUACAGAGCAAAUCAAGCAGCUCAACAUGUCCUGCGUGCUUAAGACGAGUUUUGGAUUUCCAUCUCGGUCAGGCACACAGCCCCAGCUUGGUUGGGGCUUGGGUGGUGGAUCCAGCUCUGCCUCGUCCAGCUCUUCUUUUGGGGUUCAGCCAGGUAGGGCAGGGUCAGGGGGAUUGAGUUCAAGCUCAGGCUCAUUUCCGUCAACAUUCAAUAAGCCAGUUUCAAAUGGGGCCGGCUCGUCAAGCUCCUCUGUCUUGUCAUCCGGGUCAGGUAGCUCCACUGGCUCAGGAUUCAAUAGGCCAGGACAAGGAUCAAUUGGGACGGGCUCUUCAAGCUCGUCUGUCUCGUCAACUGGGUCAGGUAGCUCCGUUGGGUCAGCAUUUAAUAAGCCAGGAUUGAACGGGGCUGGCUCUUCAAGCUCGUCCGUCUUGUCAUCCGGGUCAGGUAGCUCCACCGGGUCAGUACACAAUAGGCUAGGACAAGGAUCAGUUGGGGCAGGCUCUUCAAGUUCAUCCGUCUUGUCAUCCGGGUCAGGUAGCUCCACCGGGUCAGUACACAAUAGGCUAGGACAAGGAUCAGUUGGGGCAGGCUCUUCAAGUUCGUCCGUCUUGUCAUCCGGGUCAGGUAGCUCCACUGGGUUAGGAGUUAAUAGGCUAGGACAAGGAUCCGUUGGGGCAGGCUCUUCAAGCUCGUCCGUCUUGUCGUCCGGGUCAGGUAGCUCCACCGGGGCAGGGUUCAAUACUGGGGGAGGAUACCCAAACAUUGGCUCAGCGUCAAAUCCAAAUCUUAGCCCAAGUGGGACAGGUUCCAAUAACCCAGCACAGAGUGGGAGAGGCUCUCCAACUUUUGGGUCAUCCUCUGGGUCAAGCGGGACAGGCUCGAAUAAACCAGCAUCUGGUUCUUCCCUUGGGUCAUCCUCUGGUUCUUCUGCCGGGGCGACUGGGGCAACUGGGGCAACGAGUAAAAGCGGGUCAGUCAGCAACCCAUUUGCUUGGCUUGGGUUAGGUAACUCAGGACAAAGUAAGUCAGGAAGUGGAACAGGGAAAGUACCAUCAACUGGGAAUAGUUAUGGUGGAACUGGGUCAUCCUUUGGUGCAGGAAGAACGAGUGGACUGGGAAGUGGCUCAGUCAACGUCGCUCAGCACGUUAAAGAUCUGCAACGCAUCAUCAACCCCUCAGGCCCAGAGGAGAAACAAGAUCUCUCCAGAAUGUUGGGUUAGUCCACCUUAAUUAGAAAAGCCAAAGCUUAAAGGAGAUUUGUCUCUCACUGCAUCCAUGAAGCACAGCUCAAUACAAGCUUCUCAUAUUGAGUUCUCACAUUUGAUAUCUAUAAAUGUAUCAUAUAUUACACACUGGGUGGGACAGUUUCAUACUUUGAUAUGCGUCUAGAAAAGUAAUUUGAAUAACUUUUGCAUUUUUGAAUGUUAAAUGUGAAGUUUGCGUGUUAAGGAUUUGUGUCUACACAGUAUAAAUAAGCACAUAUUGUAUUUUUAGACUACAUAAAAAUAAAAGCUUUGAUUAAACA